UUUGACUGUUGACUUCUUGUUCUUGAGUUCUUUUUCUCGUCAAAUUAAUGAAAUUUGUCUAUAUAAUUAAUUAUUAUGUAUAAUAAAUGAUUAUAUUAUACCUACAUAUUAUUUACAAAUAAAUAUUUUUGGAGAGAUUCAUUCUAAAUUGACAUUUCACAUAAUUUUCUGCUAAUUUGUCGGAUUCGCUUAAUCAACAUGCAGUUAUACAAAUACACAAUAUGUAACUAGUUUAUAAAAUAUCAUAUCCCUGAAUUUGAUGAAUAACUUGUGAAUAUGGAUAUCCCAGUACAAAUAGCAAUUCGACUUAAGCCGCCAAGUAUAGCUGAUUCUAUGCAAUGCAUAUUCAGUAAUCCAGUAACACAGAUCGUCAUCACCGAAAGUGGUCAAACAUUUCACGUAAAUAGAGCUCUGCCAGGAGAUUGCACGCAAGCUCACCUCUUCAACUCGUUUAUGAUACCUCAAAUCAACUGUUUCUUAGAUGGGUGCGAUACGUCUGUGGUCGUUUUCGGGCAGGCAAAAUCUGGAAAAACUUAUACCCUCUUUGGUCCAGGUUUUGAAUGUAUUCAUAGUGAAUGCGAUCAAGGAAUAGUACCACGAUUUUUAACAGAAAUUUUUCAUAGGCUUGGACAAAUGCCUGAAAGAGAAUAUAUUUUACAUAUAACCUGGAUGCAAGUAGUCAACAAUAAUAUAUUUGAUGUAUUGGGUGCUGGAUUGGUAAGGUGUUCUAAUGUUGAAGAAGCUUUUCAGUAUCUACAGUUAGGCUGGAGACAAAGAUGUCUUGGAAACAAUCAUACAGUUUUUACUGUGAGUAUGGAACAGAAGUGGGUAGGUACUAAUGGUGUUCUCAACCAUAGAAUGUCCACUGCUAGUUUCUGUGACUUAGCAGCUUAUCCAGAACCAGGUAUCUUUGCUUUAGAGAGCAUAAUUAAAGAGUUAGUAGCAGGAAACCCAGCAAAACAAAUAAAUUAUGAUAGGUGUAUUUUAACAGCCAUGCUAAGGGACUCAUUUGGUGGUAGAGCAUUCACAUGGGUUAUUGGAUGUAUAAGUACAGAGCCAGAUGAUUACCAAGAUACUCUAAAGAUACUUAAUUUGAGCUUGUGUUGCCGAGGCAUAAAGAAUUUUGUUACUGUUAAUUUAUUUGCAGACAAUAAUACUCCUGUAUAUACAGACAAAACUCCUACUGACAAUACAUUUAAUCUACAAUUUGCUACUACACAAUGGAUCAAAUUAGUAUCAAAUGCAGAAGGCCUUUUUAAUAAAAUUUUACAAUCAAAGUCUUUGUCUGAAGCUGAUAUGAAUCAAGUAAGUGAAUGGUUAUUUUUAAAAGCCGAAUGUGAUGAAUGCUUAAAUAACGACAUGACAACUGACAAUAAGGAUAGUGGCACAAAACAGGGCUUACCUAGGAUAGCUGAGGACACUGAACCAAGUGAACUUAGUGAGUCAGAUGUGGAAUCUGACUCCGAAGACAGUGAUUCUGAAAUACUUUUUCAAGACAAACUAGAAAAAUUAAUGGAAUAUUUUAGGGAGAAAAAUGAUCAAUUAUUUGCAGAUAGGUGUGAAGAAUAUUUAAAUCAUAUUGAUUCAGAUGAUAUAACAAUAUCAGAAACAAGUGGUUCACAAUCAUUACCAAUAAUGACAUCUCAGUCAAAUUCUGGUAGAAGAAGAACUAUUCAACCCGGGGAGAGCUUAUCUGGUGCUCAAUUAGAAUUAUUAAGAAAGGUAGCGGCUAAAGCCAUUUCACCUGAAUCUCAGAAGAUUAUAAUAGAAUCUCACAAAAAAGAUAUAGAUCCAGAGCCUAAGUUAAUAGAAAGAGAAUUAUUAAAGAUGAUUGACUCACCAAAGACUAAUGAAAUAUGUAAAAAGUAUAAAAUUACUAAAGAAAAAUACACACAAAAGCAAAUUUUAGCAAGAAAGUUAUCAAAAGAAAUAAGUAGCAGUCAGACUCAGUUAAAAGAAUUAAUAAAUAUUUGUAUUACAAAACAGAGAUUAAUUGAUGACCUUUCAAGAGGAAUAUCAUAUAACUCACGUAGUAAAUUGUAUUCGGAAAAGAGUGAGUCAAGUUUUGUAGAUCAAGAUACAUUAAAAGAAAUUAAAAGACAUGAAAUUAAUCUGAAAACAUACAAGAAACAGAUAGAUCAAAUCAAGAGACAAAUAAAAAAGGAUGAAAAACGGAAAAACACAUUAGAUGUAGAACUUCUUAAAGAUAAAUUAAAAUUAGAUGAACUUUCAGAAUCAUCUCUUGAUGUAAAAGAUAAAAAAUCUCAUACCAUAAAACAUUUUACUCAUAGAAUAACCCAGCUAGAUAGUAUAUUAAAAGAAAAAACUAAUGAUUUAGCUAAAUUAGAAUUAUCAAAAGAGAAAGAACUUAUGUUAAGAAAAGAAAUAAAAAAUUUACGCAAAACUAGAGAAUGCUUACAUGAGCAGCGCUGCAGCUUGGGACACAAACGAAAGAUGUAUAAAUCUCUUUCGGACACAGAGGAACGCAAACUGCUCGAAUGUGAAGAAGCCAUAGAAGCUAUCGACACCGCAAUCGAAUAUAAAAACAAUUUGAUUUGCGGUAAAUCUCCAUCAGCAUCUCUAUCCGAUUCACAAGAUAAUAAAGACAAUAGAAGUAGAGGAGAGCAAAUGUUAAUGGCGAGACUGGAUAAAUUAUCACACGACGAAAUGAAAACUUUAUUAUACAGAUAUUUUCAAAAGGUGGUGGACCUGCGCGGCGCGUGCGCGGCGCUGGAGGCGGGCGCGUGCGCGGCGGCGGAGGAGGCGGGCGUGUGGCGCGCCCGCGCCGUGCAGGCGUGGCGACACGCGCAGCGCGCGCGCCCGCCCGCGCACCACAGGUGUCUGGACGGUGGUAAUGCAGAGCGAGCUCUUUCUUUUGGUAUGACUACGGAUACGGACACAUCGGACGAUGCCUUACGAUUGGUCGAUCGAGUAAGACAACUCGCUAGAUAUCCUCCGGCUCCUGUAAUUCCCAGCCAAAAUUUGAGGCAGCUAAUGCCAGCCACCAAUCUUCCGGUAGCGAAGGUCACAAAAGAGAAGAACAAGUUAGUGAUAGUGCAGCAGAACAAGAAGAACUGAUAUAUGGAGAACUUUUUAUUUUUACCGCUCAAUAUAAUUUUGAUACUCGCUAUUUAUUCAUUCCUUCGGUUCGAUUUGCAUUAAUCGAUUUUUUAAAAGAUUAAUAAAUUCUUGUAAAUACCUCCUAUAAGUCACUUACAUUGCGUGGGGACAAAUUCCAUAUUUAAAUAAACAGUUGAACUUUAUUUUCACAUUAGCCUGACA